AUACAUUGUUACCUCACGUUGACCAACACACGACGCUGUCAUGCAUCGCUGGGCCGUCUCGGGGAGGCCCAUGUACUAGAGCUAAACGGAUAUCUACUUGCCCUUCUCCUUGAGUGUCUCUUCUUCUCGUCCACCAGAAGGCCAAGCAGCCGGAUGUCCUACCAGCCUCUCGUCUCUCUAGCGUCAAGCCCUUCAUUACCCAUUUGUUACAAUCACUCUCUUCCUUACCUGUGUUGUGGGCUUGCCUUCUUCACUCUAGGACUCUACAAUUCUGCAGAGCCUUCUUUGAUCAUUGUUGCCCAAAUUCGCUUCGCCACCAAACCCUUCCUGUUGUUGGUCUAGCCCUGCGCUCGUGAAUAGUCAUCCACUUGCUCGCCUGACUUCGACAUGGCAGACUCCGACCGCAGUAACUCGGCCUGGACGACAACACUGAUUUGUCUUGCCAUCGUAUUCCUUCUUCUUUUCGUUAAGCCGCGAUCCUCUCGGUCACAUCCGCCUCUUCCACCGGGUCCUCCAGGAGAGUUUCUCCUUGGCCACCUCCGCGUUAUACCCAAAGAACAGACUGCUGAAGCAUACGCGAAAUGGGCCAGGGUAUACAACCUUCGUUUGGCUGAUGAAUCCCUAGAGUCGGAUGUCAUUCACGUCAAGUCCCUUGGUCAGUCCAUGAUCGUACUCAACAGUAUUGAGGCUGCCAAGGAUCUCCUCGACCGGAGGGGAGCCAACUACUGCGACAGACCCAGAUUCACCCUCUUCGAGGUCAUGGGUUGGGGCAAGACGCUGACCUUUCUCCCCUUCGGCCCCCGCUGGCAGAUGCACCGAAAGCUGCUGCAGACCUCUUUCAGUAAUACCAACGUCCGUCAGUGGUACCCUCUGCAGGUUACAGAGGCCCGUAAGUCCGUCCGCAAUAUCAUCUACAGCCCCGAGAAGUGGGAAAUGUCCAUGAAAAGAUUUGCCGUUGCCGUUGUUCUCAAAGUGAGCUACGGCAUCGAUGUGCAGGAUGACAGUGACCCCUACGUCAAGAUUGCCGAAGAUGCUAUGUAUGCGACUGGAAACGGUGGGAUUCCCGCUAACAGCAUCGUCGACAUCUUUCCCCCCGCUCGUCAUUUGCCUGACUGGCUGAUUCGAGACGGAUCGCUGAAAUUUGCGCGAGAAUGGGGAUGGGCCAUACAAAAGCUGCAUGAUACACCGUUCGCAGUUGUAAAAGACGAACUGGCUCGUGGCAAGGACAGCCCGUCCUUCGCGCACACGUUGUUGGAAAGGUAUACAUCCAACGCCAAGAAGGGCCUCGACAACGAAUGGUCACUUGACGACAUCAAGGGGGCGGCAGGCGCUAUCUUCAUCGCAGGGGCAGACACGACUUGGGCCACCAUUGUUGUUUUCGUCUUGAACAUGGUGCUAAACCCCGAGAUCCAGGAGAAGGCUCAGGCGUUGAUCGACCGGGUUGUCGGACACGACAGGUUACCCGAUCUCUCAGACAGACCAUCCCUUCAAUACGUUGACCAUAUUGUCCAGGAGGUCUACAGGUGGUCGCCGUUGGCACCGUUAGGCAUUCCCCAUAAGUCCCUCGAGAACGACGUCUAUAACGGCAUGUUCAUCCCGAAAGGGUCGCUUGUCUUUUUCAACUCACGCGCCAUGACUCAGGAUGAGAGGAUAUACCAGGACCCCAGGUCUUUCAACCCAGACAGAUACCGGCCACAAUCGUCUGGGGGCCAUGGUGAGCCCUUGCCACUUGGGCAGUUUGGCUUUGGGCGCCGAGUCUGUAUUGGGCGGUUUCUGGCCGAUAACAGUGUUUGGAUUGUUGUCGCUACAAUGCUUGCUACGCUCAAUAUCCGCAAGAAAAUCGGAGCAGAUGGCCAAGUCAUUGAGCCCAACAUUGCCUUCACCAACGGUGGAACCUGGUGAGUUGUGCUGCCAUACACUUAUCAAGGCUGCGAUGCGUUCUUCUAACGUCAAAAUGAAAGCCAUCCGGAGCAUUUUGACUGCUCGAUAACUCCACGCAGCAAGGAAGCCGAGGCGUUACUCAACCAGUCCCUGUCUCUUCCUUGAAGGGAAAACAGCAAAUUGAGGUGCCCCGGCCUUGAUGGGGCUGGCAGUACUAACUAAGCUUUUGGUUUUCCAAAUUGAUGAAACCGUGCACAGUUGAUUUCGAGGAGGGGCCCGGAUCUCCUGGAUGUUGAUGGUACACGAACCAACCGAGUAAGCUAAUGGCUCUCGAGAGUCAAGACCUGAAUCGACGACAACUUCGCUGCAUGGCCAAGCCAGGAAGAGUUCAAUUGAACGCCCGUUGAUGGUAGCAUAGAGCCGAGGUCGCAUUUCAAAAGAUCAAGGAACCAUUGUCCAUGUCAAUAAUGCGCACAGCGUCUUGGCACCAUGCCUGCGCACAAUGCUGAACAAAUAUCGCUCUCAGUUGCUGGAACUUGGCUCCAACGUUGAGACACUCGCCUUCGCUUUUUGUCGUUCUUGUGCAGCCUUCUCGGGUACAUGUCAGGGCUCCUACAACCAAGAGCUGCAUUCUCUUUUAAACUUGUUCGAUUGUGGCUGCACUCACCAUGAGAGAAGAAAUCCCUUGGCCUCAACCUGACACGGUCAACUUGUAAU